AAUAUCAGCUGUCAGUUCUCGUUUUGUCUAUAGGUCUCUUUUUCGUCCGGUUGUCAAUAUGGGAGUCGACAUCAACCAUAAACACGACAGGAAAGUUAGGCGUACCGAGGUUAAAUCUAAGGAUGUAUACCUCAGGUUGCUCGUUAAACUCUACAGAUACUUGGCGAGACGUACAAAUGCCAAGUUCAACACUAUUAUCCUCAGGCGUCUGUUCAUGAGCCGCAUCAACAGGGCACCCAUCUCCCUGUCGCGCCUGGCUCGUCACAUGAAGAAGCCCACGCGCGAGGGCCUGAUCGCCGUUGUAGUCGGUACCGUCACCAACGACGUGAGGCUGUACAAAGUGCCCAAGCUCACAGUCGCCGCCCUGCACGUCACAGAGAAGGCUCGCGCCCGUAUCUUGGCAGCCGGAGGUGAAAUCUUAACUUUCGACCAGCUGGCUCUCCGUGCACCCACUGGUCGCAAGACAGUGUUGGUGCAGGGACGCAGGAACGCCCGUGAGGCUGUCCGUCACUUCGGACCGGCCCCUGGUGCGCCACGCUCGCACACAAAGCCGUACGUCCGUACAAAGGGACAUGAGAAGGCCAAACCUAGCCGUCGUUCCAAUGUCUAGACAUAAUAUAAGGACUCUAAAAUAA